AUGGCCCUAGUCCUGGUUCUUCUUCUCUGGUCCUCCGGUGCCUGGGCGGGAUCUUCUUCUGCGGUGUCGGUGAGAGUGUGUCAGGGCUCAGAGUCGCCCUCUGGCUUCUUCACCCUGAGGUGCAGCAGCCGCGCCCUCACUCAGGUCCCGGCCGCUGUCCCCGUGCACACAGUCCGACUCCUCCUGGACAGAAACCUGCUCCGCUCUGUGCCUCCAAACGCCUUUGCCCACCUGCACCGCCUCGAGACUCUGGACCUGUCCCACAACAAGCUCUCGUCCCUGGACCCCGGGUGUUUUCGGGGAUUGUCCGGUUCUCUGCGUUUCCUGGAUCUUUCGUCCAAUCAGCUGUCAGUGCUGGAGCUCGCGUCUCUGGGUGGACUCCAAGCCCGAACCAACCUGACCCACAACCCCUGGCACUGCAACUGCAGUACUCAGGAGGCGCUCCCCGAACUGCAGCUCGACCCACUGUCUCUGAACGACGUCAUCUGUCAGAGCUCCAACAUCCCCAACCUGGGUGCAGUUGGGGCUCCGGUCCUGGUCCUGGUCCAGGACUGGGAUCUGUGUGAGUCUGUGAGGAAACAGGUGGACUUGGUGAUGCUUCUGACGAUGGGCGUGUGGUUUCUCGCUCUGGUCCUCUUCUUCUUUUUCUACGUCCAUCAGAACCAGGUCCACGCCCAGCGCCACCUGCAGUACAUCAAGACCAUGCACAUGAACCCGGACAUGGAACCAGAGCCAGAGCCCACCCAGGACUGA